AGCCCUCCCAACCACUACAAUGGUGUACUCACCAUCGUAAUGUACCCGAAAAUCGUAUUCUUUGGUCAAGUGACAAAAUGUGAAUUACUUUCCAUUUCGUCUUCACGAUGGUUAAGGGAAAAUUCCAGGACUACCUUCCAACAAGAGGAAAUUCGUGGACUUACAGCUGCCUACAUUGCCGUGCUCACUUGGCCCGACAUGAGGAUCUUAUAAGCAAGUCUUUCCAGGGUAGUCAAGGUCGGGCGUAUCUUUUCAAUCAGGUCGUGAAUGUGGAAUUCUCCGAAGCGAAGCAACGCGUUCUCCUCACGGGAAUCCACUUUGUAGCCGAUGUGUUUUGUGCCUGCUGUCAGACUAUGCUCGGUUGGAAGUACGAACGUGCGUUCGAGGCCAGUCAACGGUACAAAGAAGGAAAAGUGAUUGUCGAACUGGCCCAUCUGAUCAAAGAUAAUGGUUGGGAUUGGGACUGGAUUAAUCCACCACGACGAAGCCAGUCUGCAUUUUCCGCACACUCGUCUUUGUCCAAACCGGUUGGUGUCACUGAUGACUGUCCGGGAUUCUUUCAACCCUCAAAAACCCUGGGCGGUGGUCGUUUGGUCGCCACGUCUGUUCUACCGUCCCACUGUCAUUCAGCGCCCCAGGACAACCCAUUCUUGCAGACCGUGAUCCCGCCACGCGACGGUGGCGCUGGAACGUUUGCCACUCCCAUCUCACUGUCUGCGUUUCCUUCUACCUCCGUACAACCUCCAACGGCUUCGUGGGGAUUCGGUGACAGACAAUAUUCGACUGCUUGUGAUUCUGCUCGGUCGGAUGGCUCUUUUGGUUUGGAUGCUGUGCACUUUCGUACUCCUGAAGAAGGGAAUUCUCCAGCUUGUGAGAUUCACAUCCCUGCUGGUGCGGCAACCGCAGCUGCUGGUUCCGUGUCCUCCAUUGCAAGACCAUUCCAGUUUGCAGAGUCCAGUCAGAGCACGAAGGAGUCAGAUACACAAUCACCAAGACGAGCCGCAAUGGAGCUGACAGACUACCGUGCCACUUCUCCAACGUCUCAUUCAUCUAGACUGUUUCCUCAAAUACAACUCGGCGGACACAAACGUCGUCGAAGGAAGCGAGCACUUUUUCAACGAAGGGCCUCUUCGUCCUCACCCUCGCGCACCUCCUUGUUACCUCUAGUUUCCGAUGAAGAUAGUGACGAGGAGAGGGCGGCUAAUUUCGGACGGAUGAAUCAACUUGAAUUUUGUCUGACCCCUCCACCUAGACUUUUCAGCACUUUGCCACAUCCAAAAAGCUUCAAAGACUGUGGUUAA